GGGCAUGCCGGCCGUGCAACAACACCGAGAUCUUGAUGGCCAUUUGCACUAGUGACUUUGUGAUCCGCGGCAGCCUCCGGGGCGCUGACGUGGAGCUGCAGGAAUCUGUCAUCGGGGUGAGCACCGCUCGCAUCCACCGCCAAAAGUUCCCCCUUUUCCAGACGGGGGGGCAGAUGACAGGCAGCAUUCGCACUCCACUGCGCUGCGGCGUCAAGCCAGGCCCCGGCACCUUCCUUUUCACGGGGUGGCUGCAUUUCGGAGAAGCCUGGCUGAGCUGUGCACCCCGUUACCGGGACUUCCAACGCAUCUAUGAGGCAGCACGGCGCAUGCGCCAGAACCCCUGCGAGUUCCCUGUGGACUGA